AUGACAGACAAGCUUGAAGACGUGCGCCCCAUGUUCGAGUUGAAGGGACGUAAUUACAUUGUCACCGGCGGAGCACAAGGCAUUGGUUUUGCAGCAACACGAGCUAUCUGUGAGAUGGGCGGCAAUGUUGCUGUUCUGGACAUCCAAGCAAAACCUAUCGACGAAUUUGCGACCUUGAGCUCGAAAUACGGCACCAAGACUAUCUAUAUCCAGACGGAUGUGACCAAGCAGGACAGCCUCAACGACUCAUUUGCCAAAGCUCUCGAGACGCUGGGCACGAUUGAUGGUUGCGUGCCAGCAGCUGGUAUCGCUAUAGACAAGCCUUUUGUGGACCAAACUUGGGAGGAAUUCACAAGGAUUCAAGAGAUUAAUGUUCGAGGAACAUUCUUUAUGGUACAGCUUGUAGCCAAGCAAAUUAUCAAGCAGGGUACCAAGGGCAGCAUUGUCAUGAUCGCCUCACAAUCUUCCCACAUUGGCUUGCCAGGCUAUCGCAUGGCAGCCUACAACGCCUCGAAGGGUGGUGUCUUGAUGCUAGCCAAAGCAUUGGCUGUGGAACUGGCCAAAAACAGCAUUCGCGUAAACACCAUCUCGCCAGGUUUCGUGGAUUCAGAAAUGACUAGAAAUGUUCGCGCAUCGAAGAGUAAGCGAGAAGGAGAUCAGAUGUGGCUGGCUCCACCACUUCGCCAACUCAGCACUCAGAAUGAUUUGACACCUGCUAUCGUCUACCUCCUUAGCGAUGCAUCUAGGCACACGACUGCUGCUGAUAUCCAAAUCACCGGUGGUCUGCAUGCCGGAACAAUUGAUGGAGUGAUUAGCCACGAUGACUAG